AUGGCUUCAGGAUCGACGUCUACGCCCACGGCGGGCAACCCGAUCGUCUACCUCGACAUCAGCUUCGGUGACCAGCCGGCCCCCUCCCGCGCGGGCGCGAACCGAAUCGUACUCGAGCUGUACAAGCAUCUAGUCCCCAAGACCGCGGCGAACUUUCAGCAGCUAUGCACCGGCGCUGCGGGCAAAUCCUCCUCUGGGGUCGAGCUGAAAUUUGCGGGCUCGACGUUCCACCGUGUGAUUCCGAAGUUCAUGAUCCAAGGCGGCGAUUUCACGCGCGGGGACGGUACGGGCGGCGAGUCGAUCUACGGCGAAAAGUUUGAGGACGAAGAUCUGACGGGAAAACACGAUGCACCGUUCCUACUCAGCAUGGCCAAUGCAGGACCCAACACCAACGGCAGCCAGUUUUUCAUCACCACCGUACCUACGCCGCAUUUGGAUGGCAAACAUGUAGUGUUCGGCCGGGUGCUGAAGGGUAAGUCGGUAGUAAGGAGGAUCGAAAACACCCCCACGCAGAACGAUCGCCCCGUGGAAGAGGUGAAAAUCGCGCAGUGCGGUGAGCUCGACCCAGAGUCGAGCGAGGUUAAGGAGGCAAGUUAUGGUAUUGGUCGAGAUGAAUCGGGGGAUGCUUUUGAGGAGUAUCCCGAGGAUGAGGGGGGAGAGUUGGAAACGAGUGUAGAGAAGACGCUCGAGGUUGCUACGCAGCUCAAGACGAUCGCCAAUGGUCGUUUUGCGAAGGGGGACCAUGGCGUGGCACUGGAAAAGUACCUCAAGGCAAUGCGAUACCUCCAACUGCACCCCGUUCUUCCCGAUGACACUCCGGAGCCUACCCGAACUGCAUGGUACACUCUCAAGACCUCGGUCCAACUCAACGCCUCACUGGCUGCACUGAAGAGCACACCCCCGCAGCCGCGCGUGGCUAUCUCGCAGGCAACAGCCGUGGUGCAAUUCCUUGACUCGGCUCAGGCUACGUCGUGGGACGCUACGCCCGAAGCCGACGCCAAGCGAAAAGCCGACCUUGCAAAGGCGUUUUAUAGGAGAGCCCUCGCGUACGGCGUUAGCAAGGACGACGACCGUGCCGAUGCCGAUCUCAAGCGAGCGGCAGACCUCGCCCCCACCGACCCGGGGAUCAAGAAGGAACAGUCUGCCCUGGCUAAGCGCCGCGAAGCAAAGGUCAAGGCCCAGCGUGCGGCUUACAGCAAGAUGUUCGCCUAG